CCCAUGGCUGCCUCUGUUGAUCCUUUGGUGGUGGGGCGGGUGAUUGGCGACGUUGUCGACAUGUUCGUGCCGACUGCUACCAUGUCGGUCUACUUCAACUCCAAGCAUGUCACUAAUGGCUGUGACAUUAAGCCUUCUCUUGCAGUUAACCCUCCUAGACUUGUUAUUUCUGGACAUCCUUGCGAUCUUUACACUCUGGUGAUGACGGACCCGGAUGCACCGAGUCCCAGUGAACCCCAUAUGAGAGAAUGGGUGCAUUGGAUAAUUGUAGAUAUUCCCGGAGGUGCAAAUCUGAGCCAAGGAAAGGAGAUUGUGCCGUAUUCGGGACCCAGACCGCCUAUUGGAAUUCACCGCUACAUCCUAUUGUUGUUCAAGCAAAAGGGACCUAUUGGUAUGAUUGAUCAGCCAGCAAGCCGUGCCAAUUUCAACACUCGUCUCUUUGCAAGGCAUUUCAAUCUAGACUUGCCCGUUGCUGCUACCUAUUUCAACUCUCAAAAGGAGCCUGCUACCAAAAAAUACGCUCUUGCAGCAUGAAAAUAUUAUAAAUCCAAAGAUCCCCACCACCAACCAUAUAAUAUAUGAUCUCAUAUAUAUAUAUAUAUAUAUAUAUAAUAAUGAUGUUAGUGUUAUAAAUUAAAGAAUAAGAAAUUAGCUUGGGAGAUCAGGAAAAAUUGGUAUAUAGUAUUGCCAAUAUAUGGAAGAGCUUUAUCUUGAGUACAAAUACCCCUCUCUUUUACUCUCCCUGUUUGUGUUUUUAAUUAGUUUGCUGCUGUUGGUGGUAAUAAUAAUGUGUGUAUUUUAUGUUUCCUGGUGACAAAAGUGCAUGUAACUAUAUAACAUUAAAUAUAUAUGUUGUCAUAUAUCAUA